AUGGGACGCUACGUGCCCCCGGAGCACGAGGGCACCACGUCCGGCAACCGGCUCCAGCAAAAGCACCCGCUCGGCCAGCGCGCGCGCAAGCUCGCCUCCCAGGGCAUCCUGACGGUGCGCUUCGAGAUGCCCUACGCGGUAUGGUGCCUGCACUGUCCCCGGCCGACGCUCAUCGGGCAGGGGGUGCGCUUCAACGCGGAGAAGAGCCGCGCGGGGAAUUAUUUCAGCACGCCCGUCUGGCGGUUCCGGUUCAAGCAUGCCGAGUGCGGAGGGUGGAUUGAGAUGCGGACCGAUCCGAAGAAUACGGCGUAUGUUGUUGUUGAGGGGGCUAAAAAGCGGGAUUAUACUGGUGAUGAGAAUGCUGCUGCGAAAGAUGGGGAGGAGGGGGAGGGGGUGAUUUUGACGGAUAAGGAGAGGGAUGAGCUGCGCAAUAAUGCGUUUGCGAGUCUGGAAAAGACGAUUGCGGACCGGAAGAGGCUUGAGUUGGCGGCGCAUCGGAUCGAGGACUUGACGGCGCUGUCGGAGCGGCAUUGGAGCGAUCCGUAUGCGUUGAAUCAGCGCCUCCGGAGGGACUUUCGCAAGGGGCGCAAGAAGAGGGAGAUGGAGGCUGCUAAGGCCGAGGACAUCAAGGAUAGGAUGGGCUUGGGGAUGGAGUUGGUGCCGGAGGUGGAGGAGGAUGCGCAGAGGGCGAGGUUGGUCGAUUUCGGGGCGGUGGAGGAGGAAGAGGAUGGUGGUGGGAGGAGGGCGUUGCACAAGCCCUUGUUUUCGACGACAAAGGACGCUCAGGGGCAGACGGGUGCGAAGAAGGCGGCUGUUGCUGCUGCUGCUGCUGGUGCGUCAAAGGCCGAAAAGGCAGCUUCGAAGAGAAAGGAGGCGUUUGUGGCGGAUGUCCUCUCCAACACGCGCGCGGCACAGGAUCCUUUUCUCAGGAGUUCUUUCAGCGGAGGCGAAGCGAGGACGGCGAAUAGACCGUCGUCGUCGUCGUCCCUCGGCAUCAUCAUCAAACGAAAGAAGCAGGGAGAUGGUGGCGGGGGCAGGAGGGACGACAAGGUGUCUGAUGCGGCAAAGGUGUCGUCGUCGGCGCAGGGAUUGGUGGAGUAUGAUUCUGACUGA